AUGGCGCUCACCAGCUUUUUGCCUGCACCUACUCAGCUAUCUCAGGACCAGCUUGAGGCUGAACAAAAGGCAAGAUCGCAGAGAUCACGACAGACCUCCCUGGUCUCCUCCCGAAGAGAACCUCCCUCAUACGGGUACCGGAAAGGCUGGAUACCUCGGUUAUCAGAGGAUUUGGGAGGUGGAGGUGCUUUUCCAGAGAGCCACGUGGCCCAGUAUCCCCUGGAUAUGGGACGAAAGAGAAAAAUGUCAAAUGCACUGGCCAUUCAGGUGCAUGCUGAAGGAAAAAUUAAGUAUGACGCAACUGCUCGACAGGGACAGUCAAAAGACAAGGUCAUUUAUAGCAAGUACACUGACCUGGUUCCCAAAGAAGUCAUGAAUGCAGAUGACCCAGACCUGCAAAGACCUGAUGAAGAAGCCAUUAGAGAGAUAACAGAAAAGACAAGGGUAGCCUUAGAAAAAUCCGUAUCGCAGAAGGUUGCUGCAGCCAUGCCAGUCCGAGCAGCAGCUGAUAAACUGGCCGCUCCUCAGUAUAUCCGAUACACACCAUCUCAACAGGGAGCGGCGUUCAACUCUGGAGCUAAACAGAGAGUUAUUCGAAUGGUAGAAAUGCAGAAAGAUCCGAUGGAGCCUCCAAGGUUCAAGAGUAAUAAGAAGAUUCCCCGGGGACCACCUUCUCCUCCUGCACCUGUCAUGCACUCUCCUAGCCAAAAGAUGACCGUGAAGGAAGAAGAAGAGUGGAAGAUUCCUCCCUGUAUUUCGAACUGGAAAAAUGCAAAGGGUUAUACAAUUCCAUUAGAUGAACAUCUGGCAGCUGAUGGAAGAGGACUGCAGACAGUUCACAUCAAUGAAAAUUUUGCAAAACUGGCCGAAGCCCUCUACAUUGCUGAUCGGAAGGCUCGUGGAGCUGUGGAAAUGCAUGUUCAAGUAGAGAGAAAGAUGGCUCAAAAAGGAAAGGAGAAACAUGAAGAGAAACUUAGAGAAAUGGCCCAGAAAGCCAGGGAGAGAAGAGCUGGGAUCAAAACCCAUGUGGAAAAAGAGGAUGGGGAGGCACGUGAGAGGGAUGAAAUCCAGCAUGACAGGCGAAAAGAGAGACAGCACGACCGGAAUCUUUCCAGGGCAGCUACAGAUAAGAGGUCGAAACUGCAGAGAAAUGAAAAUCGAGGUAUCAGUGAAGUCAUUGCUCUGGGUGUGCCCAAUCCUCGGACUUCCAAUGAAGUUCAGUAUGACCAAAGGCUCUUCAACCAAUCCAAGGGUAUGGACAGUGGGUUUGCAGGUGAAGAAGAUGAAAUUUACAAUGUUUAUGAUCAAGCCUGGAGAGGUGGUAAAGAUAUGGCCCCAAAUAUUUACAGGCCCAGUAAAAAUCUGGACAAGGACAUGUAUGGUGAUGACCUAGAAGCCAGAAUAAAGACUGACAGAUUUGUUCCCGAUAAGGAGUUUCCUGGUUCAGACAGUAGACAAAGAGGCCGAGAAGGACCAGUUCAGUUUGAGGAGGAUCCUUUUGCUUUGGACAAAUUUUUGGAAGAAGCCAAGCAGCACGGUGGCUCUAAAAGACCCUCAGAUAGCAGCCCCCCCCAAGGAACAUGA